AUGAACUCCUCCAACAUCACCGUCAACCAGGAAGCCCUCAUCAGUCACAUGACCAAGGCUCACCAAGGUAACAUAUACAGAUGUAUGGGGAGAGCUUCAGGGCAUAUCCUUACAUACAGUACAUUCAACCACAGGUGCUCCUGCAAUAGGGGAAUUGUAGUUGGCAAAAAGGGGAGAAUGAUAUCUAGUGUAUUAAGUCUAAUGCUUAGUCUCAACUGGCAGUUUUCAGCCUGGCUGUACAUUAGUUGAGUCCAUCUGCAGAUAUACAGUAACUUUUGUGGGAUUUAAAGGAGAUAAACUGUAUUAACUAAUGUGGCUGAACCUCUCUCUCUCUCUCUCUCUCUCCCUGCCAGGUAUGACCAUCCCUACUCAGGACAUCCUGUACAACGCUCUGGGCUCGUUGAUCAAAGAGAGGAAGAUCUACCACACAGGAGAGGGCUACUUCAUUGUCACUCCUCAGACCUACUUCAUCACCAACAGCCUGGUGAGAGAGAAGAGCUGGUGGACCUCAGGGUCUGGAGACAAUGAGCUGCCCUCCCCUCCCCCCAUCACCUACCUGCUCAGUAAUGACACUCUGGAGAGCCACCCACAGUCCCCCCUGGUGACCCACUGCAAGUCCUGCAGCUGCUUUGCCCCUGCCCAUAACGUGACCAAUGCUGCUACUACGGCCACUAUAGGUGCCACGGUUCCUCCAUCCGUCCCAGACCAGCACUUGGUUUCUGUUUCUAUUAGCGAAUGCACAGGGAAGAGCCUGAAGUGGCCUAGAGACCACAAGCCUCAAGUCCAGCACCAGUCGACCUCGACGGCCGCAGACUACCAGAUUAGUGAGGUCAGCAAGACCACUACGGCUACCACCACUGCCACUAGCCGUAAGGACAAAGACAAAGAUGGCAAGGAGAAACCAGGGAGGAGGUUUGGCCUCAGCCUCUUCAGGAGGAACGGAGGGAAGAAGGAGAAAGUGAAGAAAGAGUACGCCUUGUUCUCAGGUCAGUUCCCUCCAGAGGAGUGGCCGGUGAGGGACGAGGAGGAUCUGAACAAUCUGCCCAGAGACCUGGAGCACGCCAUUAUCAGACGCAUCAACCCUGAGCUCACUGUUGACAACCUGACACGCCACACUGUACUAAUGAAGAAACUGGAGGAGAGAGGAGGGGAGAGAGGGAUGGAAACGGAAAGACGAGGGGAAAGAGGGGUGGAAAGGGAUAGAGGGUUGCACAAGGGGGACAGGGUAGACGGAGGGGACAAGUGUGUGGACAAGGGCAUGUCCACUGAGAUCCUAAACCGCUCCAAGCCCAGACACCACCACUCCUCUCGGGCCGGACUAGGAGCAGGGGCUGGGGGCAGGAGAUCUACCUCCAAGGCCUCUCGCAGUAAGAGGAGGGCCCAUUCCUCCAAGGAGAAACGGAGAGACAGGCAGAAGACUAAGGCCCCAGUGUGUGUGGAUGUGGACCCAGACAGGGAUGACCUGGUCUCCUCUUGCCUCAGACCAGAGGUCCCUAUUGAUGAAACAGACCACAGAGAGGAGCCAGGAGCGGUGGAGGGGAAAAGCCUCUAUAAGAAACGCAUUGACAACCCCUUUGAUGGUCAACCACCUGGGAAAGAUACAGCCACAACCCAGACUGUGGCACCUACCAUGACCCACAAAGAACAGAGGAGGAGAGAGGGAAAGGAAGUGAAGGAGGGGAAAGAGGGAAAGACUUCAGGGGGAGGGAGGAGAGAACUAGCGGGACACCGCUCCAAAUCCUGGGACCCGCACAAAGCGAAAGCAACUGCUGCUGACACACAGCAUGCUGGGAAGUCUCGUACAGCCGAGGACAGGUCAUGUGACCGUCUCCACGAGAGGGGGUUCACCACCGAACCCCUCCUCCUGGCCCUCUCUGACACCAAACCACCCAGAGAAUUACCGUUAGACUACAGCUCGUCCUACCCCCAGAGCAGCACACUAAGGAUUGACGACAAGGUUAGAUAUCAGAGGGAGGGAAAGAACAGAGGGAGGAAGAGCAAGGAGGGAGGGAAGGAGAAGGAAGGAAAGCAUAGGAUGACACAGCAAGUAGAAUAUGGCAGUACAACGGACCAUAGACACCCAGCAGUAACAAGCCAAACCCUGGAUUCUGAUGCCAACCUCCCUAGUACCCAUCCCUAUAACUCAGUCCCUGCCCACCCGUACGACCAGGCCAUGCCUUGGCCAAAGCCUGCUGUGCAUCGCAGGCACUCCUUCAAACACACAGACACACAGGGAGACCUAACCCACAGGCCUGACCUGCUCUCCUCUCACCAACAGGCCUGCAGUACCACCCCCAAACAGCAUGGGCUGGUACACAGCAGUGGUGGCAGUAGAGAGCACAGGAGUCCAGGGCAUGGGCAGAGGGACAGUGAUGGGUUAGUAGUGGAGAGGAAUGGCAUUAUGAUAGAGAGUGAUGAGUUUAUAGAAGAUGAUCACAGGCUUUACCAGAGAGCAGAGGAAGAAGAUGAGGAUGCCUGUAGUUCUCUGUAUCUGAGUGAGGAGGGAGUCAUUGACAACAGAGAGGUCUAUCAAACACGCAUGUCUCGCUAUCAUGACUCUCAAUCCCUCUACCAUGAUCCUAAGACCAUAUACCAAGACACUAUCACCCACUACCACGACCAACCUAACUCCCCUUACCACGAGCCCCAACCCCACUGCCCCAACCCCCAUUCCCUCCAAGGAGACUGGAACAGCACUUAUCCGGAGGAACACUCUUCCACCAUCCACCAAGACCCCCCUCUGUCCCCCCACAGCCAGGAAGAGGAGAGGUGGGUCAGGGUGAGCGGCUCUAACCUUAACCACCGCAGCCACCCAUCCCCAGGUACCCACAGCGAUCCCAUCCCCAGACGAGGAGAUCCAAUCCCGGGGGAGCGAAGGCAGGACUCCAUCCUCUCCCUGAAAGCUCUAGAGGGUUUGGCGCCUCCUGAGGCGGCAGACAGCAGCAUCUUUGACUACUGCCAGACCAGUGAGGUGGAGUCGGAUGCUGAGACCCUCCAUAAAUCAGCAGACGAGGGGGACAGGGAGUCGUCUCACUGGGGGUGCGGAGUAGAGGAGGAGGAAGAAAAGGGUGGCUUUGAGACCCUGGGGGAGAGAGGAGGCCCUCAGACCUCAAGCGCCAGUAUGGUCAUGCCCAGUGGAACUGGACGGGGAGAGAUAAUGGGGGAGGCGGGGGAGAGUCAGAGCAACAUGGGAGACAGCGGGAUAGACUCGCCACGGUGAGUUUCUUUCUCUGUAUUAAAAUGUUGAUGAUCAUCGUAACUUUUUUUUAUGGAUUGCAGUUAUACCACUUUUCACAAAAGGUCUCAUUAUAUUUUGUGGAGUGAUUGUGACAAUUUGUCACUAGCAAGGUAUUAUUAAAUGACCAUGAUAUUCAUCAGCAUUAGUCUAUUUUACAAAAGACAAAGGACUAUGCCCCAGGAAUGGCCUUCAUUUGUAGUGUAAUCUCAGUAGAACUCUUCUAGGCAGCAGUACCUAUCCUGCUCCCAUCCUCUCCUGUGUGAGGUCCCAGUCAACCAGAAAACAGAACAGAGGCACUUGGCCCUUAAAUCCCCCGUUUAUUUGUCUUCUCGCCUGCGGCCUCGACCCCUAUCUCCAGCUGUAACCCUCUCUCUGUGGCUGAGAUAGAGGCUACAGAGCCUAUAGUGCUGGCCCAGGGAGGGUGGAGGAAUGUGGAGAUGCAGAAAAUAAGCUACGGCAGGGAGUAGUUAGAUGACCAAUGACCCUGGUCGGUGGUGACUUCUCUCUCUUCCCUUUUCAUGUAAAUGGUGAUAAAGCUGAACAAACACCCCAUAGCCAAUUACACCAGGCAGUAUUUAGACAGAGGGGAAUGAUUAUAGUGAUUAAUGUAAUUACUUUGGAAUGGGUACACCCUCAUGUUUAAAACAGAGAGAGGGGAAAAGGGAAAAUGUUUUUCCAUUAACUUUAUAAGGACUUGGCUUUUUCCCUUUUGUGGUGAAGAGCAGAGUUUUUUUCAUCUGGAUUUCACAGUAUAGUUAGUGUGUGUGGGUGUGUGACUAUCAGUGUAUUGCAUAUUGUAUUUAUAUCCAACUGAUAUGGUUAAUCUCCCCAGUCCCAACAGGACCGGUUUGUGUUUGUGUGCACACGCGUGUCCAUUUUAUAAUAAUUUAUAUUUAUACUAUGCAUUUACACCCUGUUCUUCUAUGUUACUCCCUACAGGACUCGUGUGAGUCUGGCAACCAACAACACAGUGAUUCUGGAGGGUCUAAAGAGGAGAGGUUUCCUACAGAACCUGGAGAAACUGCACUCUAAGAGCUCAGCCAUGCGACCACAGAGCUCUCUGCUACAGCUCACACCAGUCAUGAACGUAUGA